AUGGGGAACGAUUCCUUCAGCUGUGUGCUGAUCGCAGGCUGUUUUUAUGGAGUACUAACUUCCGAAAUAGCAGAAGCCGUCUGGUCACCUGAUGUCCUCCAACAACAGGCCGGCCACAAACUCAAAUCGACCACAUUGCCAUCAAUUACCGAUGGCGCGGCCGGUCCCGAACAUAACCCGAUGCGAAGAGCCAUCAGACGUCAAGUGAAAGUGAGUUUGCGAUCCGACCGUGAAGUAUGGUGGACACAGAAAGCCAAAGAAGUGGAAGAGGCCCAGAAAGCCGGUAAUGCCCGGAGAUUAUUUCAGUUGAUCCGUGUGCCGGCCCCCGGAAGCCACCUGCAACUGAAUGUGCUGCACCAGGCCGCUUCAUGUUUUAGUCGCUACGACAUUCGAGAUAUCGCGAUACUCACGUGUGAACUGCUGGACUUGGCCUCCUAUAAAUCGAUUCGAAGUUUUGCCGACCGCAUGCGACAGAAAAACGAACCAAUAAGCAUCCUGGUCAACAACGCAGGGAUUGAUUUGUACGAUCCUGAGUAUGACUCAUCGGGCAUCGAACUGCAGUUAAAAGUCAAUCAUUUGGGUCAUUUCUUGUUGAGUGAAUUACUCCGCCCAUUAUUAGAUGCUGCUGGCAGUGCCCGAAUCGUCGUGACAUCCUCCCUGAGGCAUCGGUUCGCAACUCUGAAUCCGGAGGACCUGUCACGUCCAAUCGCUGGUGCAUGUUAUUCGAGCAGCAAACUGGCAAAUGUGAUUCAUGCUUCGGAGUUGUCCAAACGUUGGGGUCCCAAUGUCAUAGCAGUCAGCGUUCAUCCUGGCUUGGUGAGGACCGAGGUCUUUCGACAUCAUCCUAUCAGACACUGGAUUGUGCACAACAUGGGAUUCAGUAAAACGGCAUGGCAGGGUGCACAAACUCUGUUGCACUGCUGUUUGGCCAAAGACUUGGUUCCAGGUGGCUACUAUGCCGAAUGCCGUCUGGCCACUGUGAAUUCUCAGGCCCUACAGGAUGGCGUUGGUGAGAAGCUGUGGACCGCCUCUGAACGAUUGGUUGAUCAAUGGAGUCGAAAUCCUGAGGAACAAUAGCCGUUCGUGAAUGGGCUCUGAUUUGUAUGUUAAAUGCUCUCAAGUUUGUAUCGAACAGUCA